UCCCUUUCUAAUAUAGAUUCUAAAUAUGUUUUAUUACUUUUGUUAUACUUAUUUAUUUCAGAGUUCUAAAAUGGCACCUCGUGAAACCCGGAACCCCUAUAUUAUAGAUCCGAACAAUCGUUUGCAUGAAGGAGAAGGAGAAGGUGUUGAAGAGGAAAUAGAGGAAGCUGCUCGAAACAUCAGAAACCUUGUGAUCGAGGAUGACGAGGUUGUUCCAGAGAUUCAGGAUAAUGAGGAGGAUAACACGGAGGAGGAGGAAGAGGAACCUCCAGAACCUGAGUACGGAGAUGUACUGUUUGACCCUCCUCUCUAUAUUCAAAGGUUAGUAACUUGUACUGUUUGA